AUGAACUGGACUGGGGGUCGCCUACAACGGCACUCUACCACAACCGAUUCCGCUGCUCAGCGGCAGAGAGAGCACUUUGCAAGAGUCCAGCAGAACCUCCGCAACGGAGGCAUCCCCAACAAGCAGUCUCCUCUCAAAGCCCUCGGCAUUGGCCCCGGGCAUCACCGUCAGCGCCAGCACGGACAGAACAGUACGCCUUAUGCUGCGAGUUCAACCUACGAUAGAAGUCAAUCUAUUCGAAGAGACAACCACAAAUCUACACUCGACUCCGCUCCUCCUCAUCAGAAACAUGAGGCCAAGAAUUAUUCCCGAUUCCACGAGCCACGUCCCUCGGGACCUCCUCUGCAGAUUCAGAUUAAGAGGGAGCAAAACCGCGUUCCAGACGAUGAUCUCUAUAGCGCUACCCCUCCACCGCGUAAAGUGAAGCGAAAACGAGAGGAUUUGGUAUCCCUAUCAGAAUUUGGAAGUGCGGCGGGAGAAAAUCAAGUGGAAGAAUCGCUAUCGGAUAAGAAAAGGAGGAUACUGCGCCAGGGGGAUUGGCUUGGGAUUGCCAUCCAGAGACCCCUACAGCUUGCUUUCGCAUCUCCCAGAGACGAGCAGGAAAUUGGCAAGAGGAGGAAGCUAUCCAACGGUCACAAAGCAAAAUACCGCCCGGCGCAUUCCCGUAUGGUGUCUCCUUUUGCAGCAAGAAAGCAUCCCGACUACAGCCCUCGAAUCGGUGUACAAGAACCGCGAGGUACUUUCCCCUCGAUACCAGAUGUGAGGAUAUCUAUCGGUGGCAGGGCUGUUCAACCUGGAGUCAGUUCGAGCACGGUUCCACGUAGGAAAUACAACCAAUCGCCGGUGGUUAAAAGGAGUUCUCGGGCUACGUCGUCGUCAGAUAUUAUGCUCCUAGACAACGAGAGCAUGCGAGGGUAUCGGCUGGGAAGGGAGUCAAAGAAAGCUUUGACCCAGAUUCCUGAGAGUCCUCGCCCAGGCCGUGGGCAAUCGAGCUAUCAGAGCUACAGGCAAGAUGUGCCACUGGAUGUGUCUGACGAACAAGGCUGGGCCGGUGUAACAGAAGAGUCUCUGGCGAAUUUACAGGGAAUAUUCCAAAGCAAUCAUGCACAGCAUGCCCAGAAAAUCCCACCACAACCAGAAGUCGGUUUCAGCACACAGUUUAGCAAUACGCUUCGCCCUGGAAAAGUAGCCUUCUCAUCGUCCUCUACCUCCAUCCAUCAUCCGGUACCGCAAAGCUCAAAACGAUCCGUUCUCAUCCGCUCAAACUCGUCGCAAUUUACAGCGAGCAAUAUAGCCCAGGUCGGAGUGGGCAGAGCAGUAGUCUCAAAUUCGCAACUUCUUGAAAACGAGAUUUGGCGAACUUGGAUUGCGCCAGAGGAUAGCGAUGAUCAACCUGGUGAGAUAGAAUCCCGCGAUUCUCCUUCCGGUGAUGGGUAUAUUAGUCCAGGCAUGAGUCUUCCUCCUCCUCGACCCCCAAGCAUGUCUAUUCCUGCUGAAGAUGCGUACUCGUCCGAGCUCGAAGAACCAUACACGGGAGAAGUGGAGGAAAAGGAAGCGGAAGACGAACUGCAGAAGUAUUACUGCGAAGGUACUUCGGCCUGUGAGGGGGUGGAGGAUAAUCAGUCUGAGCACUCGCACCAUGAGGAGUUAUUCGGUCAACCGCUGGUGGAAGGCGAGCCAGAGCUUCCCGCACGUAACGCUACAGACGAAGGGGUGACCUGUUUUAUUCAAGGCCUACAAACUACGCCGCUAAAAAUUCCUAGAGGGCCAAGUAUGCAACCACCUCUGCGUCUUGUGGAGGAGGACAAAUCCAUAGAUGUCAAUGAAGCCUGGAGAAAAUUUGUACUUGGAAGCAGCAGUGACGAGAUUGAAGCACCUGGCUUUGUGAUGGAUGCCAAUACAGCUUCUUCGGAACAAGAUCCCAUUGGAUCUUCACUAGUCGCUCAUGCAGCUACAGAACGUAUCACAGGCGUACAAGCGAGUGAUCAGUCUCCCAGCGGCGCGAGUCCUGGCCGACCUUCCAUUUCCUCGGGGUUUCCAGUCACCGAUAACAGCUCAUUCCUUCGAAAUCCGAGUCCUUGGGACUCAAAUCUAGGAAGCACCUCAACUCAUCGCUUUGCAAGUACGGAUGAAGGUGCCGCUGUCGAUGCUGCCAAUGCAUCAGCCAGAAACCUCAGCUCAGAGAUGGCUCCUUCUUCCAGAGCUGUAGAAGAGUCAUCUGCAGCGUCAAGAUCAGUCUCCAGCACUGCCAAGGCUCCAACGAGAAAAUUCAUAUUCACCAAGCCCAGACCGUUCAUCGGACGCAACUCUCGUACGGAUGUGGAAGUCGACGAUGAAUUUGUUCAUAUUGGGCGAGGACUCAGAGGCGGAGAAGAAGUUGUUGGUUCGAAGACGAAGGAGAACUGGCUGAGAGAUAUUCAUAGUAUUGUGGCCUCAGAUGAGCGAGAUGAGUUGAAAUCUAUUGAAGAAGAUUGA